AGUGUAGCACAUCGCCCACGGCCAUUUGUGCUUUCGCCUCCGACGUGGCAUCAAGCUGCACCAGGUCGUGUCUUGCGGGCGGCUCGAUGCGCCGACGACGCAUUGCCACGCCCAUCCCGCCCGAGACCGCGAACGCCACCGAGAAGCACACCGCUGGAAGGCUGGCUGGAAGGCUGCGCACGAGGCGCUCACGACCGAGCAGCAAGCGCUCGCUCAGCAGCACGAGCAGCUCCAGAAGAGCGUCCACGUGCUCGCUGGCAAGCCGACGUCUUCUCUUGUGCUGCGAUGUUCAUAUCCGUAUCUUCCUUGUCGGGCAUAUUACUACUUUUUAGGAACGGAGCGACGUCCAGCAAGGGCAAUGGCGCGCCUUGGAUCGCCGUGAAAUGUCCUUUCAGCCAGGCUUCGCGGCGUUCUAGGACCACGAUAUGUUCGUGUGCAAGACCAAGCGAGACCUCCAUCGCCCGCAUCUUCUCGCCUUGCAAGGGGAGAAGACUGAUGGAGCAAGCGGCGCAUUACCAAGCUGCGCUCGAGUUCGCCAAUUGA